GAGGCGUCACAGCACGGAUGCAGAGACGACGCUGAGCCAUUUCCACCUGUCACCCCCUGGUCCAUGCACCUCAGCUGAGUCUGGGCCUAAGCUACGGCGAUGCAAGUGCAGUGUCGACGCAUUGGCACUAACCAAUGCGAACCCAAAGACGGCGAUGGCAACAAGGGGGAAGGGGGGAGAGGAAGGUUUGGCUUCAAUGAGCCUGGCGGGGACCAAGUCGUCACGCCCCCGGCCGGCCACCAGAGAUGCCACUGCCAAUGUAUGGCAGCCUGCUGAGCGCGGACGACGACGCUGUACCUCAGCCGUACACGCUGAGUAUUGGAUGCAGCACUGUUGUUGUUGGUGGGAGACUCGACGUUGGGACGAGAUUGGCUGGCGCACAACAAGGUUGGGGGUCAUGCUCGCACGCACCAGCUGGCCCAUGCAAGCUUUCAGGUGAGAGUACCCAACUGGGUACGAAGCUGUUGGCCAAGACGGCCAGGUCUUCAACCCCAAGCCGCAAUCUGGGGGCUACCCCCCCUAGUGGUGUAGUUAAAAACGCCCUCCCGAUGCCUGGGCAAUCUGUAGUAAAGGAUAGUGAAGGAUCAUCCUGUUCGUCGUCGACGGACCGUUACAGAGGGCUGGAUGGCUGGCUGGUUGGCUGCUGGGCUUGCGGGCUGCUUGCCGGGGCGCGCCGACUACGCAACAGGCCGGGGGGUGGAAGGGGCGCGGAUGCCACGUCCGGCGUGCCGUGUGUUGGAUCUGGUGCUAGCUCGCGGUCUACAUGUUGCGACGAAUGUGUCUUCAAUGGUGGUCGAUGGUAUUUGCAGAAACCAGGCCCGGCUUUGGUCAAGCUGCUCGGUGAUCGCCUCGCCCGCGCUAACUCGGUUGCGUAGGUAGGUGCAGCAAGUACCUGCUUUGGAUCUACCAACUAGGUACCUAGCGCUUCUUGUUGAGGGAAUCCGGAUCACGGCUCCCCCCGGACGCCAACAAAGG